CCCAUAUCCAUCACGCAAAAUAGAAUAAACAGAAGAAAACGGAAAAGGUGGGGGAAGUCGUCAAGAGCUCCGAUCCCAGCUACCCAUCGAUCGAUCGACUCCCAAAUCCGCCGUGACGAGCCCGGGAAUCCCAACGCGCGAGCGGAUGAAGGGAACCCCGCGGCGCCAGGCGAGCUCGAGGUGAUGAAUUGUUACGGUUUAUGGACGGAGCAAGCAAGGAGCCUCUCCACAAGGACUACUACAAAGUUCUGGAGGUUGACUAUGAUGCAUCUGAUGACACAAUCAAAUUGAGUUAUAGAAGAUUAGCUUUGAUGUGGCAUCCAGAUAAGCAUAAGGGAGAUAACGAUGUCACAGCUAAAUUUCAGGAGAUUAAUGAAGCAUACAAGGUUUUAAGUGAUCCAGCUAAGCGACUAGAAUACGACCUUUCAGGCUGUUAUGAGAUCAAUCAAUAUACUUUGCGUGAGUACCUUACAAGAUUUAAGGGCAUGAUACUUACCUGCAAUGGCCUUGGCAUAGAUCACAACUCAAAAUGGGCUCGACAUUUGAGGGAAUUGAAGCCCCAUUGAUCAACAGGUACAGAUGUACCAUGACUGAUGCUCAUCAGAUUUACUGUACUUUGUUAAACACGCUGUGUAGUGUCACAUACAAUGGCACUUGGCCCCUUUCUGCCAAAAGAGAUGCAUGUAUACAAUUUCCAGUUCUCUUAUUGGUGACUGACUGGUCGUGAAUACAGAAUUAGCUCCUUUCUCAAUAUAAGCGCAGCCCAAAAGAAGCUAAAUACUGGGA